GACUAAAUGUGAUUGAAAUUGUGUGAAUUAACAGAGUUUUGCCAUGAAAUCGUCAAGUAAAAUAAGUGGCAGAGGUAAAAUCGGCAACAGUGGCGGCGGCGGAGGCAACAAUAAUGAUGGAUGCAUUCUGAUCAAAUAUGAACCGAAGCUGAAUCCUGGCUCGUGGGAAGAUCCGUUGCUCCAUAACGCUACAAUUGUCAACUAUAACGGCACAGCAAGUUCGACGCCCCUCACAACCACGUGCCUGAACGUCAAUCGACACAACAACAAUUUGAGUGCGAAACAAGCGCAAGCCAGCAACAAUCUGGGCAACAACACCAACAAUCGCCGUAGACUGGAACACACGCCGUCGGCACGCACAAUCAGUAGCGAGGAAAGUUGGUGCUCGGAAGGCGUCGCAUCAGAUCGCGAACUGUCGUCGGACGAGGACGAUGAGAGUGAUCGCAGUAUUUCGUCGUCGACACCGCGAAAUAGUCAGCUUCGUCUCACGUUCAACAAAGCCAAGCAGCAUUUAUCCUUCGAUAAAUGGCGCAACAGCAGCAACGGCAGCAGCAACAACAACGCAACCAGCAACAGCAUCACGACAAACAACAACAAUCCCAGUAGUAGUUUAAACACAUCGACCGCCAGUAGUAAUAACGCAACGAUGCCAUCGACGAGUCUCAAUACGGAGUCGCCCGUCGAGCCAUUUUCGCGGCUUUCGCGAUGGUUUAGUAUGCGACGCGGCAGCACACAUCAGCAGUAUGAUCUGAGUAAUGGCGCGAACGGGAGGGAAUCGCGUGCUGCGAGCGUUGAUAAUGUCGAUAAUGGAGAUGCAUCGAUUCGGGCAGCGAUGCUCAAUAAUAGCAAUAAGAUGCCACAAUUGAAUGAAACGGAUGAAGACUCAAAUUCAUUCGCUUUGAACCUGUUCAACAUGACGGGACGCACAAACGGAACCCUUUUAGCAACUGCCGGAGCAACUUUGCGCAAUGCCGUCAAUCGAACGAUCACGCCUUCAUUGCCGCCAGCUCCUGCAGGUUUGUCCCAGCAAGCACUGAAACGCCGACACAUUGUUGCAGCAAUUGUGCAUAGCGAGAAUUCUUAUGUUGCCACUUUACAACGUCUAGUCAAUGAUUAUAAGAAACCAUUAGAAGAAAGUAGUCCUCCUAUCUUAAGUAGUACAAAAAUUUCCACAUUAUUUCAUCGUUUACCAGAAAUUUUGCAAUGUCACACUUUGUUUCGUAUCGCACUGGCGGACAGCGUUCGCAAUUGGGACAAGGACGAGAAAUUGGGCGACGUCUUUAUCGCUGCCUUCAGCAAGACAAUCGUGCUAGACAUCUACAGUGGCUUUAUCAAUAACUUUUCGCUGGCAAUGGACUUGGCAAAGAUGGAGGCGAAACGUAAAUCGGCGCUCGCGGACUUUUUCAAAGUUAAGCAAAUCAGUGCGCACGAUCGCUUGUCAUUUUUCGGACUGAUGGUUAAACCCGUACAACGAUUCCCGCAAUUUAUUUUAUUCCUACAAGAUCUCCUUAAAUACACUCCCCAAGGUCAUCACGAUCGAAUGUCGCUCCAGCUGGCUCUCACGCAACUCGAAUCGCUCGCGGAGAUGUUGAACGAACGCAAACGCGAAGCCGAACAACAUCAAGCCUUCCGUGAGAUGCUCGGGCAUAUCAGCGGAACUUUCAACGUUCGAGCUCUCGCCAACUCAGGGCGCAAACAACGUUAUUUAUUACGCGAAGACAACUUAACUCAACUAGAAUUCAACGCUGGCGGCUUCAUCGUCAAAUCAAAACAACGCCGACUUUUGUUGUUAAACGAUCGCGUCAUUUGUGUCUCUGUCGCGCCAAAACAAUCAGCUGACUUUGGCGCCACGGAAAAAUUAAGCUUUAAAUGGAUGCAUCCCGUAACUGACGUCGAAAUUGUCGAUAACAGUCAAUCGGCGACACUUUCACGCAUUUUGACUGCUGGCAUGAACAAAGGAGCGAGUUUGCGAUCGAAUUCGAGUUUUAAUUCAGAUAGCGGCGUUGGAAGUAACGCAUCGACGCCCUCUGGCGGCAAUACCCUGAACGGCAAUAGCGUGAUGGGAGCGGAUAAUUUGUGUACUGAAAUGAGCAAUUUGAUGCAUGAUUACGAGGUUAUGUCGCGAAUCAAUGAUCUCGUGAGAUCGCUAAAAGGCAGCUACAAGGAAGUCAAUUUGGAUGUCACGAAGAAACUUUUGUCGAAUAUCCAGAGUUCAAUUAAGAAAAAGGAUGAAGAAAUGGCGUGGGUUGAUUCCUGCCUCUUGCAACUCGUGAUCAAGAGCAAGUCAGGCAAAGAAGAAACCUUUACAUUCCAAACGGAGAAUCCGAAUGUGAAAAAGGAGUGGAUCACGGAGUUGCGACUUGCGCAAUCGGCAUUAGAUCCAAAUAACAGUCCUGCUUGGGAGAUUCCCGAGAACGAACAUCGACCAUUGACGAAGAUGCCAUUGUUUGUACGCUCACAAUCGAUUCACAAAUCACAACAUCAAACAGAGGUGCGUUGUGGAUGCUACUAUUCUGCAAAGUAUAGUCCCAAUUCUCGAUUGUCUACAAAGCAGCGUAACAAGCCCCAAAAUUACCUGUGGCUCUGUUCAACGGAUGGCAACAACAGUCACAUCAGUCUUUUGUCUCAACAUCACCAACAAGCAGGCGUCUUAAAGGACAUUGGCUCCUUCGACCUUCCCGAAGUCACGGUAACUGCCAUGGAAUAUGUCAAAGGCAUCCCGCAAGACUCCCAUCUGCAUGCCGACAUCAAAUCCGACUUCUCCGAAGCCUCAGAUUGCGUCUGGAUGGCAACAGAUAACAAAAAGGUGCUCAUCUAUUUGGCUCAUCAUCCCGAACGCGAAGAACAAAUCGCCGUUUGUUCCCUCCCAAGCGUCGUAAAUCACAUUUUGUAUCACAUGGAUAACGUUUUUGUGGCUUUAGUAACUGGCAGUCUCCUGAUUUUCCGCCGAAAUACCGAUAACAAGUGGAAUUUGAAGGAUUACCAACAAGUAGCGGUGUCUUCAAAUGAACUAAUAACAAGUUUAUUGCCGAUUAAUGGGAACGUUUAUGCAGCUUGCGGCAAAAAAGUUUGGGUUAUUAACGGAUAUAACGGCGAUCUAGUGAAAAGUUUUGAGGUUAAACAAGCAAAUAACAACACAAACUUGAAUUUAAUGGCGCAUUCGGGCGUCGGAUUGUGGAUUUCGUUGAAAAAUUCGAGCGUUAUUUGCUUAUAUCACACAGAAACCUUCAAACAUUUGCAAGACAUCAACAUCGCGGCGAACGUUUUGCGCGUAACCUCAAAUCAGCGUGACGUCAGCAGCAGUAAUAACAAUUCUUCGGUAUUUGUAACGGCUUUAAUGGCUUGCAAGGGUCUUUUAUGGGUCGGUACGAACGUUGGAAUUGCCUUAACUAUCCCCUUGCCACGUCUCGAGGGCGUGCCAAUCAUCAGCGGAGCCGUGAAUAUCUCAUAUCACGCCCAUUUCGGCCCAGUUUCCUUCUUUUUGCCGCUUCUUGUGAGAAAUUACAAUUUCCCGCCCCCGCCGAAAGUAGAAAGUCCGACCCCAUUAUCGCCCGAGCCAGUAAGUGUCGCAACCACGCCUCAAAUUAUGACUCCCGAACCGGAAAAUGUCGAUAAAAAUUUGGAAAAUUCUGAUUCGAAGAAGGAAAAAGAUGAAAAUGAUUCAAAAGUUACGCUCCGGAAAAAGCUUGAGAAGGAAUUUAACGAAAAUAGCCGUUUAAGCAAGAUUUCCGUCACAAAUAGUCCCGUCGUGAGACGUCGUAAGAUCAGUGUGCAAGAUAUGGCACGUGGUUCAAAGACCCUCCCACGUGGUUUGGGAUCUGCGGCAUUUUUCUCAAAUAACAUCAAUUCAAAUACUUCUUCGAUUCACGUUUCGGACCACGGAUGCGACGUUUAUGGCUUAUAUGGUAAUCUAAUAAAAGUUAAGGAAGAUUAUGACACAGAAGUCAGUCAAGGAAGCUUAAUGGAUCCCGGUUACGAGUCGCUUCGUCGCAGUGAUCCCGAAUUGGCGGCAAUUCCCGCCAAAAUGAGCACCUUAGAUCGUCGUCUCAAGAUGAAAGUAAGUCGCCCGCGUUCCUUAGACCUCUCCAACUGGAGUGUCGAUUCGCGUUCCUCAAGCAUGUACACCUCGAGUGGCAGCGAAGAAAGUAUGGGCGUGGUUAAGCUCUUCGGAGGCGGCAGUGUCUCACGUAACAGCUCCAAUGCCAGUCACAAAUACAACGGCAGCGAGCUCAGUAACAUUUGCGAGAACAAAGUCACGCCCCCAGAUACGCCUCCAAUCACAAACGAACCGCCUUCGUUCAUUGAAGCCACGCCUACUUCAGAAAAAACAGAAUCGACGCCAAAUGGCGGCGAUGCGUAUCCGUUGCAAUCGACUCCGAGCAUCGCACAAAUGCAAAAUGGCAUGGCAACGCUCAAGAGAAACGGCAAGAAGCAGAAGCAACAAAAUGCCGAACUGCAAGGACGACGAACAGUAUUGACCUUAAUGGGAGGGCGUGGUUAUAUCAAUUGGCGCCAUGUUUGGUACAAUACGCAGGAUGCUCCGAGAGGUCAUUCACGCAGCAAUUCGAUAAGUGUCGUGCCGAAGCUACCGAAUGGCAAUGAUGCGCACAUCGUGAUUUGGGAAAAGAAAUUGUAAAGUUGCUCAUAACUCCUCCCCCUUUUUUUUAGAGUCCUCCUACUUUUAAGUCUCUAAAAGUUUAAGAUUUUUUUUUUUUAGAAAUAACAAUAUAACUUAAUACCUUACUACAGAGAAGACUUCUUAACCAUAGAUUUUUUUUUUAUAAAAUUUUUCCGUUAAUUUUUUUUUUUACUAAAAUCCACUAAAAAAUUUUUUUUUGAUUGGCAUAAUUUGUCAAUUUUUAAAGACUUCAAUAAUUUAAAAAAUAUUUAACAAAUAAAUAAUAAAAAAAAAUAAUUAAUUUCAU